UGUCAACAAGGAAACCACGAUCAGCAUUGCUGUGGAGUGUUCUUUCACCUGUUUUGAACAUGCCAAUUUCUGAGUCCAAGAGACAGAGAGUAUUGGUUGCAUCUUGUGUUCUCUAUUCUGAGGUGUGGCAUACUGUCGGCAGGGAUAGAAGUCCUCUUCGUAAACAGUAUCUAGAUUCCAUUUUACCACCCUUUGUUGCUGUUUUGAGGAGGUGGCGCCCUCUAUUGGCGGGAAUUCAUGAACUUGCUACUGCAGAUGGUUUGAAUCCUCUUGUUGUUGAUGAUCGUGCACUGGCUGCAGAUGCACUGCCUGUAGAGGCUGCUCUUGCCAUGAUCUCUCCUAACUGGGCUGCUGCUUUUGCAUCUCCACCUGCUGCAAUGGCAUUGGCAAUGAUUGCUGCUGGAGCUGCUGGUGGAGAAACCCCAACACCUGCAACAGCUACUCAUCUUCGGCGUGACUCGUCAUUGCUUGAGCGAAAAACAACUCGGCUUCAAACAUUUUCAAGCUUUCAAAAACCUUUGGAGGUACCUAACAAAUCGCCAGCCAUUCCAAAGGACAAGGCUGCUGCUAAAGCAGCUGCUUUGGCUGCUGCACGUGAUCUUGAACGUAAUGCAAAGAUUGGUUCUGGAAGAGGUCUCAGUGCUGUGGCAAUGGCCACAUCUGCACAGAGGAGGAGCAAAAGUGAUAUGGAGCGUGUAAAGAGAUGGAACUUUUUUGAAGCCAUGGGAACUGCUUGGAUGGAAUGCUUGCAAUCAGUUGAUUCAAAAUCAGUUUAUGGGAAAGAUUUUAAUGCUUUAUCAUAUAAAUUUAUUGCUGUCCUUGUUGGAAGUUUAGCAUUAGCUAGAAACAUGCAACGAUCAGAGGUUGACAGGCGGGCACAAGUUGAUUUAAUAACCCGACAUCGUCUAUGUACUGGAAUACGUGCAUGGCGCAAACUCAUCCAUUGCUUGAUAGAGAUGAAUUGUCUUUUUGGGCCAUUCAGAGACCAUUUAUGCAAUCCUGAGCGUGUUUUCUGGAAGCUAGACCUUAUGGAAAGUUCUUCAAGGAUGAGGCGAUGUUUGAGGAGGAACUACGGAGGGUAUGACCAUUUGGGUGCUGCAGCAAAUUAUGAAGAUCGUAUGGACUUGAAGCAGGAUAAAGAGAUUGUCAUUAGUCCGUCUAAAGCCUCUAUUUUGGCAGCUGAAGCUAUCUCGAUGGAGGACAUAGUAAAUGAGGAUGAGGAGCAGGAAGGCAUUGAUAAUUUAGAGGGUAGGGAAAAUGAAGUCGAAAAACAUGGGGACAUUGAGACAAGGAUGUCUGGGAUGGCUGAGCAACCCCUGCGGCCAUCAGUGGAAUCUCAAGAUCCUCCAGCUCCUAGCAGACAUGACUUGGUGGAAAAUCCAUCUGCUGUUGCCCCUGGUUAUGUUCCUAGCGAACUUGAUGAAACAAUUGUUCUUGAGCUUCCAUCGUCGAUGGUCCGGCCAUUAAGGGUUUUACGAGGAACAUUUCAAAUAACAACAAGAAGAAUUAAUUUUAUUGUUGAUAACACUGAGAGCAGUUCUGGGGAUGGAUUGGAUCAUAGUUCUGAGAGCAGAGUUCAAGAAAAGGAUCACAGCUGGUUGAUGUCUUCCCUUCACCAAAUUUACAGCAGAAGAUAUCUCCUGAGAAGAAGUUCCCUGGAAUUGUUUAUGGUUGACCGGUCAAACUACUUUUUUGAUUUUGGGAGUACUGAGGGGAGAAGAAAUGCAUACCGAGCUAUUGUUCAUGCACGCCCCCCUCAUUUGAACAACAUUUACCUUGCAACACAGAGACCGGAUCAACUUUUGAAGAGAACGCAACUAAUGGAGCGUUGGGCUAGGUGGGAGAUCAGCAAUUUUGAGUAUCUAAUGCAGCUCAACACAUUAGCUGGGCGUAGUUAUAAUGACAUAACUCAGUAUCCUGUUUUCCCAUGGAUCCUUUCUGAUUACUGUUCUAGAAGUUUGGAUCUUGAAAAUCCUUCAUCUUACCGAGAUCUUUCAAAGCCCAUUGGUGCAUUAAAUGCUGAUCGGUUGAAAAAGUUCCAAGAGAGAUACUCCAGCUUUGACGAUCCAGUAAUUCCCAAGUUCCAUUAUGGUUCACAUUAUUCCAGUGCCGGAACGGUGCUAUAUUAUCUUGUCAGAGUAGAGCCAUUUACUACCCUUUCAAUUCAACUACAAGGUGGCAAAUUUGAUCACGCAGACAGAAUGUUUCUGGAUAUUGGUGCUACUUGGAAUGGAGUUAUCGAAGACAUGAGUGAUGUGAAGGAAUUGGUUCCCGAGCUGUUUUACCUCUCGGAGAUGUUGACCAAUGAAAACUCAAUUGACUUUGGUACAACACAACUUGGGGAAAAGCUUGAUUCUGUCAUUCUGCCUCCUUGGGCUGAAAACCCUGUUGAUUUUGUUCACAAGCAUCGGAAGGCUCUUGAAAGUGAACAUGUUUCUGCACAUUUGCAUGAAUGGAUUGAUCUUGUAUUUGGGUAUAAACAGCGAGGAAAAGAAGCUAUAGCAGCAAAUAAUAUGUUCUUUUACAUUACCUACGAAGGGACGGUGGAUAUUGAUAAGAUUUCAGACCCAGUACAACAACGUGCUACACAAGAUCAAAUUGCUUACUUUGGACAAACCCCAUCCCAACUUCUUACUGUCCCUCACUUGAAGAGGAUGCCACUAGCAGAUGUUCUUCACUUGCAGACCAUCUUUCGGAACCCGAAAGAAGUCCAACCCUAUGUUGUUCCAUCUUCAGAACGCUGCAAUCUACCUGCUGCUGCUAUUCAUGCAUCACAAGAUUCUGUCAUAAUUGUUGAUAUGAAUGCUCCAGCAGCACAUGUUGCGCAGCACAAGUGGCAGCCAAACACACCAGAUGGCCAUGGGUUGCCAUUUCUUUUCCAACACGGAAAGGCCAGUGCAGGCUCUGCUGGUGGAGCGUUCAUGCGCAUGUUUAAAGGACCACCAACCGGAUCUGGCUCGGAGGAGUGGCAUUUUCCCCAAGCACUUGCAUUUGCAGCUUCUGGAAUUAGAAGCUCAGCAGUGGUUGCUAUCACAAGUGACAGAGAAAUUAUCACAGGUGGGCAUGUGGACAACUGUGUCAGAGUCAUAUCGUCAGAUGGAGCGAGGACUUUGGAAACAGCCAGAGGGCAUUGUGCUCCAGUGACUUGCCUGGCUCUAUCACCUGAUAGCAACUACCUCGUGACAGGUUCUAGGGAUGCAACGGUUCUAAUCUGGAGAAUUCAUAGGGCAUCGACUUCUCUUUCAAGGACUACAUCGGAGCCGUCCAUGGGCUCAGGCACACCAACUUCAACCAGCAGUAAUACUCUAGCAAACAUCUUGGCAGACAGAAGCAGGAGGCGACGUAUUGAGGGUCCCAUACAUGUUCUCCGGGGCCACCUUGGGGAAAUAAUCUGCUGCUGUGUCAGUUCAGAUCUUGGAAUUGUUGUCUCGUGCUCCAACUCGUCAGACGUUCUGCUCCAUUCGAUAAGAAGGGGUCGCUUAAUCAGACAGCUGGUUGGUGUGGAGGCCCACGCAGUCUGCCUUUCAUCUGAUGGGGUCAUUAUGGCUUGGAACAAAUUGCUUAAUACUCUCAGCACGUUUACUCUUAAUGGGACUCUGAUAACCAAGGCACGACUUCCAUUCUCGUGUAGCAUUAGCUGCAUGGAGAUUUCUGUUGAUGGACAAAGUGCUUUGAUUGGAUUAAACUUGUGUUCGGAAAAUGAUAGAACCAGUGACAACAGUAAGCAUUUGAAGUCGGAGAAAUCAGGGAUUGGAGAUGAUAAUGUGGAGUCAUAUGAAACAAAUGAAGACAAUAGAUUAGAAAUUCAUCCACCUUCAAUUUGCUUCUUUGAUAUGCAUUCUCUAAAGGUAUUUCAUACAUUAAAACUGAGUGAAGGGCAAGAUGUAACGGCUCUGGCUCUAAACAAGGACAACACUAAUCUCUUGGUGUCAACUGCUGAUAAACAAUUGACAAUCUUCACUGAUCCAGAAUUGAGCUUGAAGGUGGUAGAUCAUAUGCUGAAGCUGGGUUGGGAAGGUGAUGGGCUCAGCCCCCUCAUAAAGUGAAAUUUUCGUGAUUUAUUGGUUUUUGAUUUGUCGGACCAAUUUUGUACAAAGGAGAUUACCAUCAAUAUUUGAAGGCUACAAGGGCAAGCUGGCUAGCCAUCCUGGUCUGAAAUCGAAUUGUUUUAACCAUUUGCGGCUCUGUCUUUGUGGGUGUAACAUUAUGUAUCCAAGAAAUGGAAAUGACUUUGAUGUAUUACACUAGUGUGAAAUAUUAGAUUUAAGCAGGGUUCUGCAGUUUUUGACUUGAUUGAGUUGUAAAUUUGACAUCGUCAGGCUUCGAUCUAUUAUUAGCCUUAACGAGCUGUUCAUUUUUGUCCCAUUUUUUGAUAUUCUGAAAAUUCAAUAGUAAUAUGGUUUUGUUUGAUUUAUAGA